AUGUCUCUCAAGGCAAUAUCCUCUAAAGAUGCUGCUGCCUUGGAUAAGGAUCUGAUGGAUGUAGGAGGCUUCUCACUAGACCAAUUGAUGGAACUGGCUGGUAUCUCUGUGUCGCAGGCUGUAUAUCGAUUCCACCCUAUAAGGCAAGGCAAGAAUGUUCUUGUUGUAUGCGGACCAGGAAACAAUGGAGGAGAUGGACUCGUCGCUGCACGACAUUUAGCACAUUAUGGCUACAAGCCAUCUGUCUAUUACCCAAAGGAAGGCAAGAAUGAAUUAUAUCAGCGCCUCAAAAUCCAACUCCAAAACCUCGACGUCACCUUUGUACCUGACUUCACAGAAGCCCUCAAAUCCGCUGACCUAGUAGUCGACGGCAUCUUCGGAUUCUCCUUCCAAAAGCCGCUCAGGGAGCCCUUCCCAUCCAUUAUAAGUCAAAUGGAAGAAACAAAAGUACCUGUCCUGAGCAUCGAUGCCCCCAGCUCAUGGGAUAUCCAAGAAGGACCGCCAAAGGAAGGACCCGGUGCGAAGUUUAUGCCGGGAGCGUUGAUUAGUCUUACUGCGCCCAAGCCAUGUGUGAAAUGGCAUCGGGGUAGGCAUUUUGUUGGGGGAAGGUUUUUGACGAAGUCGAUUGCGGAGAAAUAUGAUAUUGACAUUCCGGAUUAUCCAGGCGUUGACCAGAUUAUUGAGAUUGGUGUUAAUGCUGAUGAGAAGCUUUAG